UCUCCCGGCGAUUUCUGCAAUUCACCCAGCCGACCGACCGGCCAGCCAGCCUCAAUCACAGUGUCACUGCUUCGCAGUCUCAGCCUCUCAGCGUCACUUCCUCAAACCCUCACUGUCCAAGCCAUAGUCCUGCAACAUCGAAGCCGUAAGCGCGCCGUAAUCCCCAGAAACAGGAGAAAAAACGGUUGUGAAACCCUAACAGGAAUCACAGAUGGCCGAUAUGGAAGUGAAACCAUUAGCACUGGAUGAAGACGAAGAGAAAGAGGAAGAGGAAGAGCUUUCAUGGUCAUCAGACUCGGAAGUCGGAGACGCAUUGGACUGGUUGGAUUCCAAGGAUGACAACCAAGCUGUUGAGGGGAAUUUUACGCUCAAUUCCAGGCGUCCCAAUGCUCAUGGAGGGCUUCAUUCUCGACAUAAUAUAUCCACACUGCAGCCGCUCUCUAAUCGAAACCAGAGGUUCACUCAUCAUAUUCGAGCUUCACCUUUGGAGGAGUGGGAAGGGAGGUUGAAUGUGGGCGUAUCGAACUCUGUGACAACUGCUAUUCGAGAAAGUGUUCGAGAGAUGGCCAUUGGUAAAUCUAGAACUACUGAGAAAGCAGACCGUGCAACUGUUGAGCAGGCCAUUGAUCCUAGAACUCGCAUGGUCUUAUUCAAGAUGCUAAAUCGAGGUGUAUUUCAUGAUAUUAAUGGCUGCAUUUCAACUGGAAAAGAAGCAAAUGUUUAUCAUGCAACCAGAUCUAAUGGUCAGGAACUGGCAAUCAAAGUAUAUAAAACUUCCGUUCUGGUAUUUAAGGACAGAGAUCGUUAUGUACAAGGUGACUACCGUUUCAGAUAUGGAUACUGCAGGCAUAACCCCAGGAAAAUGGUAAAGACAUGGGCUGAGAAAGAGAUGAGGAACCUUAUGAGGCUAAAGGCAGCAGGAAUUAGGUGUCCAACUCCAGUACUUUUGAGACUUCACGUUCUGGUCAUGGAAUUCAUAGGAAAAACAGGUUGGGCCGCACCUCGUCUUAAGGAUGCUGCUUUAUCUCUUGACAGGUUACGUGAAGGUUAUGUGGAGGUGAUUAUUGCAAUGCGGACGCUAUAUCAGAAGUGCAAACUGGUUCAUGGAGACCUCAGCGAGUAUAAUAUACUUUCUUUUGAGGGUCACUUGUAUAUUAUAGACGUCUCUCAAUCAGUUGAUCUUGACCAUCCCCAUGCCCUCGAUUUCCUUCGUGAAGAUUGUCUUCAUGUUUCUGAUUUUUUCAAAAAACAUGGUGUAGCUGUUAUGACAAUUCGAGAACUCUUUGAUUUCAUAGUUGAUCCUUCUAUUGCCGAUGAAGCUGUGGAUACUUAUCUGGAAAAAGUGCAACAAAAAAUUUUGGCUAGAGGAGACAUAUCUGUCGAGGAUGAAAUUGCAGACUCUGUAUUUUUGCAGUCAUUCAUCCCAAAGACACUAGAACAUGUAAAGAAUGCCGAGGAGGAUGUGCAACGGAUAACCAGCGGCCAAGACACGGGAGAUAUGUACUAUCAAACUAUCACAGGACUCAAGCAUGCCCUUUCAAUUGCUCAGCAAGAAGCAGAGCCUGGUGAAGACUCCUCUGUUAAUCCAGCUGCUCUGUCUAAUCCUCCUAAGAGCGAAAUCGUGUCUCUAGAAGUCAGUGAUGAAGAGAACUCAAGCGAUACAGAAGAGAGCUCCUCAUCAGAAACUGAACCAGACGUUCCCGUAGAUAAGAAAGCUGCUAGAAAAGAGAACAAAAAGAAAGUGAAAGAGGAGAAGAGGGAGGCUCGGAAGAAUAAAGUGCCUAAAGCCGUGAAGAAAAGAAAGAAGAAGUUGGCCAAAGCUCACAAGACCAGAUAGCUGCUAGCAGUAACCAUAAAUUCAAAGUUUUAUUUAUUUUAACAAUUAUGCAAACCUUUUUUUUUUUUUUCAUUAAGAGAGAAACAGCACAAUUUAGCUCCUGAGUAAUCGCCUAUUCCUUUCCGAAUAAUUUUAUUUAUCAUCCAUAUACACAACACAUUUCACUUA